AUGGCGGAUGCAGGGGACUGGCUUUCUCUUUGGGAGGCCAAGAACAAACAACAAAACCUCAAUCACAACCUUGUCGUGAUGAAGCAGGUCAGAAGUAAGUACGACCACACCACUCCCCUGUUAAUUUUGUUGCUUCUUUUCUGUCCCGGUUCAUCAGCAGGUAGGAUAGUGACACACUCCCUGCUGUUUCCCUUCACUGCGUCUUCUGAAGUCCAGAGCAUCCCGGAGUUUGUGGGUGAUGUACAGGUUGAACACAUCACGGUGGCUCACUGCGACAGCGACACGAAGAUAGAACCGAAAGAGGAGUGGGGGAGAAAGAUGUCAGACAACGAUCAGCUGUUGAAGUACAGCGCUGAACAGUGUGAGCUUCAACCGAUCCUCCUCAAAGAUAACAUCUAUACUCUCAUGCAGCACUUCAACCAGACUGGAGGUGUCCACAUUUUACAGAGGAUGAGUGGCUGUGAAUGGGACGAUGAGACUGGAGAAGUUAAGGGUUAUAUGCAGUUUGGUUAUGAUGGAGAAGAUUUGAUAGCAUUUAAUCUGAAGACACUGACAUGGAUCGCUCCACAACCACAGGCUGUCAUCACCAAACUGAGAUGGGACGCUGACAUAAAAUUAAAUGAACACUUUUUAACUCAGACUUGUCCUGAAUGGCUGAAGAAGUAUUUGGACUAUGGGAGGAGCUCUCUGCUGAGAACAGUGUUUCAUCUCUCUGGAGUGAAGGAGGACGUCGUCAUCAAACUGGACAAAGCAGAGAGUCUCUCGUUCAAGAAGUCCAGUCCCCUGAUCGCCAUCAUCAUCGCUGCAGUGGCGGUUCUCGCUCUCGUCAUCGGCGCCGUUGGAUUCUUCAUCUGCAGAAAGAAGAGUGCCAAGCGUCCUCCAUCUCCUGUGAGCAACCCGGAGGUCAUGGAGCAACUGAAUCCAAGCGCCUGAGCAACAAACACUCCAGCCUGAACACAGUUCAUGGAGACAUUCAGCUCUGGAUCAAGGAGCCGUGUCACCACAUGCUCCUCCAUCAACUGGGAAUCCACUGAUUAUUCACCAACAAAACAUAAAUUCAUAGAGUCAGGGCUGGAAAUCUAUUGGUUGCAUCUCUAAACAGUCACUCAUUUAGUUUCCAGGAAAUAUACUACUUCAUAACUACACAUGAAGUAACAUCAAAUUACAUAUACAAUGAUAGGUGGUAUCAGUGUCGCCCACUCCCAG